AUGGGAUCGACGCGUUCGACGGGCGCACACUUUUCUUCAGUGCUAGCCCCAUCGCAGGAGAUCAUCAGAUCGCAGCCCCGUCUGCAACCCUCACCGCUACCACUCCAACCCAUUGAGAACUUGUCUUUCCCUCCCGGCCCGCACAGGCCAUCGCCGACAAAAGGACUGCACAAGGGCUCGCAUCCCGGUGGAAAACUCGGUUUCGUCCCAAUCUCUGCCCCAGUUCCUCCCAUGUUCACCACCGACUCCCCGGCCAAGAAAGCGCCUUUCCCCAUCUACUCUCAACCGAUGCCACACUCUGCCCUCUUCACUACCUUCUCCAGCGUCAACGAUAAAGAAAACUAUCCGGAAGAACCCUCCAAUGACAGUUUCGCCGACUUCCCAGAACCAUCAUAUGACUCCAAACUUCCGAUGAAGCGCACACUCAUGGAAGCUGCGCCGCUCAGAGAGCGCCCCAACAAGAAACAAAAGCGCGACGACGCGCCGGCCAUCUAUCUUCCCGAACCGCACGAGAUGCCACCGGUAGAAGAUGAUGGCUCCAAGCCUCCGUACAGCUACGCCACCUUGAUCGGAAUGUCCAUUUUGCGCGCCAACCACCGACGCUUGACACUAGCGCAGAUCUACAAGUGGAUCUCUGAUACGUUCUCAUAUUACAAGAACACCGAUGCAGGAUGGCAAAAUAGCAUUCGCCAUAAUCUCAGUUUGAACAAGGCUUUCAUCAAGCAGGAGCGCCCCAAGGACGACCCAGGCAAAGGAAACUACUGGGCCAUUGAGCCUGGUAUGGAGGGACAGUUCUUGAAGGAUAAACAAGUGCGCCGCGCCACCAUGUCCAGCCUUCCACUCCCCGCUGCUCCCCAAAGAGAUCUCGCUUCCUCGCACGGCGCCAGCACUACGACUUGGAUGGUACCACCGCCGGCGGCCCAUCACGCACAUGUUCACCACGCGCCUCCUCCUAGGCCACCCCCGAAUGACAUGUCUUCCGAUGCCACCCUGCCAGCUUCCGACCCUGCGCUGCAAGAUGACGCGGAAGAAGUCAACCCAGUCCCUGCACCACGCGCUGUGCCUCGCUCCUCCCCACCUCAAAACAUCCGAUCCUCUCCACCAAUUGCUCCUCCUCGCUUUGCCCGACAGGGUACUCCCCCAACGCCUACUCAGAGUGGCCCGACGCCCGCGCCUAGACCGCGCAAGCGCAAGUCAAUUACCCUCAACGAUAGUGGCUACUUCUCAUCUUUGGAAUCUUCGGCUUUACGGCCUAACAAGUCUGGACAUAUCUUGACCUCUGAUCUUGAUAUCGAGCCUCCUCGAAUUAAGCGUGGACGCGCAGAAGAAGAGAUUGCGCGAAUGCGCAGCUCGUCUCACGACAUGAGCCCUGGUCAGACGGCCCCGCGCAAAAACCCUCAUCCCAUUGGAUCGUCUCCCUUCCGCAGCCAGUACAUCAGCAUGCAGCCACCGCCAUUGACCCCGGUCAUUAAGUUCAAGAAGCCUGCUAAGCCACCCCCAUCCGUCUCUCCAAACACAAAUCUGCGCAAUCAUCGCCGCAAGAUACAGCAAAUGGUGAACUCCCCUAUCAAGCACUUGGGUCUCGCUGAAGACGCCUUGCCAUGGAGUCCCGCCUUCAACCUACAAGAUGAAUCAUACACUCCCCAUGAUCACUUCAACACCACUUUUGAUGUCUUUGCCGACCCAGUGCCAUCACACAUCUCUUACGGGUCACCAGAGAAGCGCUCAGUCAAGCGCCCACGCACAGAAAGUGGCAACUCCGCUCUCACAGACAUCACUUCUGGAAACGUCAACAGCCGGCCGGGACCUAUGUCCAGGUCCAAGUCCCUCGUGUUCCCCGAGUCUCCCUCCAAACUCCCGGAUAACCAGCGCUUCGGUGAUGCUAGCCAGGAAGACUUCUUCUCAUUCCACCUCUUCGACGAAGGCAACGACAGCUCGAACGAAGUGGACGGAAUAGAUCUUCUGCAAGGCUUCCAAAAAAUCGGAGGUGCGAGCAAAGAUGAUGCUCUCAAACCUCGCCAACCCCUUCACUCGCGACCCCAAAUGGGCCGCAGUAGUACGACUCUGUUUUAA